AUGGGAAAACCCAAUUGGAAUGGGAGUAAAAAAAAAAAGUCCAAAUCCAAAGGAAAAGGACUACUACUAGGAAAAAACAGCCCAUUCAACUCAAUUCCCAUUCUAGGGUCCAUUUUGUAAUUAAACCUCUAUCCAACUUUGACCUCAUGAAAUGGAUAAAAAGACUUGGUAUUAAACAUUUUAGAGGAAUUUACAGUAGGAAUGGACUACCCCAUAAGAUAAAAAAAGAAUGUGGAAUAAUUAAUCUAGAUGAUAUAAAAGGUCCUGGAACACACUGGGUUUGUUAUAGAAAUCUGGAUUCAGUGGUUGAGUACUUUGAUCCUUUUGGACUAAUAAUGCCAAAUGAAGCACUUGAGUAUUUUCAUACUUCUGGAAAACGUAUAUUUUACUCAAUGGAUGAAAUACAAAAUCGCAAUACUGUUCUCUGUGGUUAUUGGUGUUUAUAUUAUCUGUUUGAAAGACAGCGGGGUAAUAGUAUACUAAAUGUAAUACAUAACCCUCAUUUUGAUGAUGACAAUAGUGAUUUUAUAAAAGCAUACUUUGAAGGAUAA